GACAGUAUCUGAAUUUCAAAACUCGUUCAAAUCUUCCUUAAUGACCGCUGUUACUUCUACUCCUGGUAUGAAACCAAACCUGACGUGGAAAGAGAAAAUCUCUCGAGCUUGGUCCGACACUACCAACGGCAGCAACGCUUUGAUUCGUAUUCUAGGCGUAUUGGCUGCUCUUGCUACGUUCGUUGCCGGCUUGCUGAGUAUGUUCAAUUUCUUCAACAUGGUCACUAACCCUCUGUCCUAUAUUCUCGGUGUAUUCUUUAUGAUAUUUGGUAUCGCUCUGACCUUCAUAGAGUUGUUCCCCGGAUCGAAACUCUCCAAGGUCAUUUUCUCUCAAGCGAAGUUCUUGAGUCAUCUCCUUGGUCGUGGUUCGUUCUACCUCUAUCUUGGUCUCCUGUUCACAUGUGGUGGCGUGCAACAUGGAUUCACGUCCAUCAUUGCUUUCGUUGUUGGUCUAUAUCUGAUCGCAGUUGCUGUUAUCUUCGGCAUUUGGGGUUUCACUCAUCGCAAGGAAGUGUCGAUGACUGAGCCUCUCAACGGCGCUACCAAUGUAUAAACUCAUUAUGAAGUUUUCCUCAUAAGUUAUUCUUCGUAAACACCCGGUACCCGUAAAAUUUUGUACGAGAGUGUUUGUUGUUGUCAGCAAGCAAUGAUUGUGCAAUCCUUUCUCUGUAGCUGAACUGUGAUUCAAAGUCGUAAGAGCAAGUUGCUCUCAAUAACUAUUCUCAAUAGGGUUCAUAA